AUGUCAGAGUACCAGCGCAUAAAAGCGCGGGCUCAGGCGUUGCAGCGCGAGAAGGAGGAGCUCCUCAAACGCGAGCUCGAGGCCAAGCAACGGCGAGAGAGGGAGGCGGAGAAGGCAGAGGCAGAGAGGCGAAAGAUGAUUGAGCAGGCCACCAAGGACGCACGCUUGAAGGCGCUCAAGGAGGCCAACGAACGCAGCCGCCCGAUUGCGAGCACAGCGCGUAUCGAGUUUGACCCGUUCGCAGACGACGCCGUCCCAGGACCAUCUUCAAAGCCCGUGCCCCGGAAGCCAUCAGCCGUCGGAGCGAAGAGUAGAAACGGCACUGCGAAGAAACCUUCCUCGGGCGGUACUGGGUCCAAGCAGUCCAACGGAGUGAGGAAGGAAGGUGGCGCGCCAAAGAAGACAUCGGACGCUCCGAUGCUGAACCGCAAGGAGAAGGCAGCGCUCAAACUCGCGCGGCAAUCCAAGGCCGACUCGGUGUUCAGCGUACAGUCCCUCGUUGACAUGGCCGAGGGGACAUCAAGCCGCUCAGUGUCACCGCGCCGCCCGGCUCCUCCACGCCCCGGUCCUUCGGCCCUCAAGAAUUCCACCACUCCAGCGAUGGCAAUCAAGGCGGGUACAGCAGGCAAGGGCAUGGCAGGGAUGAAAAAGGCGAUCGACGUCUCGGGGUUACGCAAGCUGUGCCCCGACCGAGACACGCGCGACCGCCGUACCGUCGACGAGAUUCAACGUGACAUCCGCGCGCGCAAGGCCCUCCAGGCUGGCACGGCGUCGGCGGCGAGCUCAAAGCCGUUGAGUGCUGGCGCUCCGCGAGAUAGCAGGGACAAGGAGCGUGAUCGCGGUCGAGAUCGCAGGUCGCCUCCGCGUGCAGCUGGCAAGGUGCGCCGGCGCUCGGCGUCGUCGUCGGACAGCGACUCGGACGCCUCGACGCCGCCGCGGAAGCGCCACGCGCUGGCCGGGCCCAACUUUGAUGGCGACGCGCCUGCGUCGCGUCUGGCCGUGUCCCAGCUGAUCCAGGGCAUGUUCAGCCGCGGCCGGCCGCAGCAGCGGUAUGACAACGACUCGGACGGAUCGGACAUGGAGGCGGGUAUGAGCGACAUUGACUCUGAGGAGAAGCGCGCAGCCAAGAUUGCGCGUCGUGAGGACGCUGAGGAGGAGCGACUCGAGGCUCAGCGGCGCGAGGCCAAGGAGCGUGCCAAGCGUGGGCGCAAGUGA